AUGGAGAAGGAUCCCAUCCCGGUGCCUUUUCCUCCUCCGGCUGCCGUUGACGAUGUCGAUUCAACUCUCGGAAAAGAAGAUGGCGUUGCUGUUCACUAUGGCGAGGCCAUGAGCCCGCUCGAAAAGGGUCUUCUCUGGAAGCAAGACAUGCGCAUCAUCCCAUUAUCGGCCGCCAUCUACUUCCUCUCAUUCCUUGACCGAACGAAUAUAGGAAAUGCCAUGAUCCUCAACUCGUCGACAAACAACGAUAUGCAGCGCGAGACCAACAUGUCCGAUCAUCAGUUCGUCAUCUCCCUCAUGGUCUUCCUCGUCUCGUACGCCGUCUUCGAAGUUCCAAGCAAUAUGCUCCUCAAGAAGCUCCGACCCAGCCGAUGGCUCGCCUUUCUCAUGUUUUGCUGGGGUGCCAUGACAAUUCUUACGGCUGCAACAAACAGUUUCGGUAGCGUUACGGCCGUGCGGUUUUUGCUGGGUGUUUUCGAGGCUGGAUUGUUCCCUGGACUGGUGUUUUACUUGACUUUCUGGUACAAGCACGACGAGCGUAGUGUUCGCGUCGCUUUCAUCCUUGCAUCUGCGACUCUUGCUGGUGCAUUUGGCGGCGCAAUUGCCUAUGGCAUUGGUCACAUGAACGGUGUUUCUGGUCUCUCUGGCUGGCGCUGGCUCUUCAUCAUCGAGGGCAUCCCGUCCUGUCUCGCAGCUUUUCUGGUCCUCUUCUUCUUGCCCGAUUACCCGGAACGGGCAAAGUGGUUGUCCGAGGCUGAGAAAGACAUGGCCAUUCACCGGUUGUACUAUGAGGGUUCUAAGGAAUCACACCCGACUAUGAAUUGGGCUGAGGCCAAGGAAACCCUGAUGGACUGGCGAUUGUACGCUCACUACGCCAUUUACUUUGCAUCUGGACCUGCAUUUGCCAGCUUGAGCUUGUUUGCACCAUCGAUUACUGUUGGGUUGGGGUAUUUUGAUUUGAAAGCACAGCUGAUGACUGUCCCUCCAUGGGCCAUUGCUUAUGUAUGUCAAGUAUUGGUGGCUUGGUCUGCUGAUCACUUCAACGCCCGAGGAAUUCACACAGCCAUGGCUGCAACUGUAGGCGCCGUUGGUUUCAUUGUAUCGGCCGCCCUUCCAGCCGAUUCAUACAAAGCCCGGUAUGGAGGCCUCAUUAUGGCAACUGCUGGCUCCUUCGCAUGCAUGCCACCUAUGCUUGGAUGGCUUAGUUCCAAUGUAUUCACAACCGCUUCCACGGGUCUUGCUAUUGCCCUCAAUGUUAGUAUCGGUGGUGGAAUCGGACAGAUCCCGGGUGUUUGGAUUUAUCAGACAUCAGAACGACAAGGCGGGUUUACAACAGGGCAUUGGGUCAAUGCUGCUUUGCUCCUAUUUGUUGCUGUGAUGGCCUUGGGCCUGAGACUAUUUUAUGGCUGGAAGAACCGGCAGUUGAGGGAAUAUGCUGAAGCGCAUGGGGUGCCUUAUCGUUGUUACAAGUUGUAG